GAUGGAAAGAAAAGGGGAGGAAGAGAGAAGAGAGAGAGAACCGCUAAACGAAGAAAUAAAACUUUGUGCUGAUCGAUACGUUCCAUAGAGGAAACUUAGAAAACAACAGAUAUCUGUCAAUGACGUUUCGCUUCCCUUUACAUUAUAUUUAGUGUCAUGGAAAUAAAUACUAGUCAUGUAUACACGCAAUGUGUCAUUCAUUGUCUUGCAGACAUCGCGAUUAGUUAUGCAAAAACAUUAUAGAGAGGCAUAUAGCACUUGUAUUAUAUUGUAACAUGUGAUACGUUCAAGAUCUUAAAAUAUUCCUGUACGAAGGGGAUUUUCCGGACUCGAAUAAAAUUUUCGAUUGUCGAGUUAGUUGACUGGAUGAAGCUACAAACGAAAGAAUAUAUAUCCUUCACUGCUAUGGAUUCCACCUCGAAUUAUUACGGAGUCGUUAAAAAAAUAACAUCGUUGGCUGGUCAAUGGCCGUAUCAGAAACGAAAAACAAGAAUAAUUUGUUUGAUCCUCGUAACUUUCAGCACAUUUUCCAUGAUUAUCCCACAGAUAGCAAAGUUCGUAAUAUGUGAAGGAGAUGCGCAAUGUAUAUUUCAAACUAUGACAGCGCACAUGUUGACAAUUAUAACGUUAAUAAAGCUGUAUACGUGUUACUUCAACCAAUGUAAAAUCAAAGUUCUGAUUGAUUGGCUAUUGGACGGAUGGGAUGAAUUGGAAACUCCAGAAGAGUGCGAAAUCAUGAAGAGAUAUGCCGAGACUAGCAGGCGAUAUUCUCUGGGCUAUUCGUUAUAUUGCUUUAUAUCCGCAUUUCUGUUUUUAUGUAUGUCGCUUAUACCGAAGCUAUUAGAUGUUGUAUUACCUCUCAACGAAUCUCGUCCUAUAUUACCAGUCCAUCCAGGAUAUUAUUUUGUUGAUGAGACAGAAUAUUUCUUCUAUAUCUUCGUACACGCUAUCGUAGCCUGGGAAAUUGCCAUAACCGGGAUUGUGGCUCACGAUUGCAUGCUGCUAACUUACAUUGAACAUGUUUGCAGUAUUUUUGCUCUUGUCGGAUCUCGAUUUGAACGAUUGAUACGUAAACGUAAUGAUGCCAUCAAGGUUUUGCAUUCUCGUAAUUCAAGUGGCACAUACCGAAAACAAAUCGCAUUCUCUGUAUGCAUGCACCGAAAGGCAUUAGAAUUCGCUCAACUGAUCGAGGAAACAUUUUCAUUAACGUUGGCUAUGCAAAUAGCACUAAACACAGUAAUGAUCAGCAUUACCUUGUUACAAAUUACGCAGCAAAACGCCAAUGUUUUUGUAAUAAUCAGGUAUGUAGUAUAUGUCCUUAGUCAACUGAUUCAUCUAUUCUGCCUCAGUUUCGAGGGACAAAAACUAAUAGAUCACAGUCUUCAAACGCGAGAUAAAAUUUAUAAUAGUCAUUGGUAUGAAACACCCACAAAAUCACAAAGGAUGCUUCUCUUCGUGAUGCAAAAAACCCUGCAACCUAUUUUUUUGAGCGCCUGCAAAAUUUAUAUCUUCUCAUUGGAGAAUUUCACUACGGUAAAGAAGCGAUAUAUAUGCCCAGCUUCGUAAUAUGAGAUGACUCGAAUGAUAUGACUUUAAGGAUCUAUUUUUAAGGUCGUGCAAACUUCGAUGUCGUACUUUACAGUACUCGCGU